AUGAGGAUGGGUAUGGUGGUAGUGGUGGAGAUGGGGGGGAGGAACAAGGCGCUCAAGGCGUUUGCUGAGAGGAAUAAGGAGGGGGCGCUGAAGACGCGGCCGAAGGGGUUUAACCCGGAGCAUCGGGAUAUGCAGCUGCUGAAGCUGAAGAACUUCACUGUCGGUACCAAGGUCAGCGAGAAGUUGUUUACCGAAGCGGGGUCGCAGGAGCAGAUUGGGCAGAUUGUGGGGGAUAUGGUUGGAUUUAUCACCCAUCUCAACCGGAUUGUCAUGCCGGAUCCGGGGGAUGAUGACGAUGAUGAUGAUGAUGACGAGGACGAGGUUCAAGUCGAGGGCGAGUGA